CCGGAGCAGCCGCUGGCGCAGCCGGUGCUGCCGGUGCGGCCGUUGCCUGGGAACGGCGCUCGGAGCCAAAGGGACGCGGGGAUCGGUGUGUCGGUGCCCUUUCCUCCUGCUGUGCCCAGUUCCAGGUCGCUGUGGUGCAGCCAAGACUCUGGGGAAGUGUGUGUGGGGGAGAGUAUUCCAGAGCAUCUCCACAUCCCAGCUCCCUGGAAGGACAGUGCAGGUGCAGGUGGAUGGUUCGUGUGAAGUUACACCAGAGGAGCCCUCUGAGGGAAGACCAGGAAUAAGCAGCGAGCUCAAGAUGUCCCAGGACAGACAGACGGCUCAGGAGAUGGGUGAGCAGGAUCCCCUUGCUGCUACCAAGGAGAAGGAAGGACCACCAGAGGAUGCUGGAGCAGAAGAACCAUUGUGUCCCCCAUCAACUCCUUCAGGGAUGGGGAUCCUAGACAUCCUGCCCCCCAGCACCUGGGCUGGGAGCCAGGAUGCCCUGGGGGAAGACAUUGCUAGGACAUCAUGCCUGAAGGGUGCUGGGCCCCCUAAACCACCCCCAGUACUCUCUGAGCCCAAGGGGGCCAUUUCCAGCCCUCACUCAGGCUGCAGGAAGCAGGACACACAGCAGAGGAGCAGUAAGGACAACCAACAUGAUGGCUCUUCCAGCUUGGUGUGGGGAGCCAAGCCAGGGAUGUUAUUCCAGAAGGACAGGGAGAGCAGCCCUCACUCUCUUAACCUGUCCUGGGUGUUUGGCUACAACAGCCGCCUGGCUGUGCACGACCUGAUGGACGGGGAGGACUGGGUGCUCCUGUACGUGUCCUCCCACACAGUGGUCAUCCACGAUGUCCUGGGGAACAGGCAGUACCACCUGCAGGGCCAUGCAAAUGUCAUUUCUUGUCUGUGUGUGAGUGAGGACAAGCGCUGGGUUGCGACUGCUGACCGAGGGCCAGACGCUCUGAUCAUUGUGUGGGACUCCUUCUCUGGGGUACCGGUGCGCACCAUCUUCGAGAGCCACCCGGGGGACGGGGUCUGUGCUAUCGCCAUUUCCCGGGAUGCGAAGUAUCUGGUGACCAUUAGUGCUGGCACAGUGCAGAGAGUUUGUGUUUGGAGGUGGACUUUGCCCACCGAGAAACCCCUGUGCAGCACAGAGCUGAGGCCUGAGUUUGGGUAUCAGAAUUAUGUAAUUUUUAACCCUCAAGAUCCCCAUGAGUUUGUCAGCAACAGCAAAACCCAGGUGAUAUUUUACCUGUGGGGUGAUGCUGGUUUGCAGUAUGGAACACCGUUCCUGAGCAACAAGACCUUCAGGAGUGUGGUGGGACGCUUCAGCCAGUCAGUUUUCCAUUUUAACAACUCCCAAGCUUUGACGGGCACCUCGGCCGGGAAGGUGGUGGUGUGGGAUGCGGUUGAUCCCCGAACUGACCCCAAGGAGCAGCAGGCCAGGCCUCUCGGAAUGACCCCCACCAAAAUGGUGUCUCUGCAGAAGGAGAGUCUCACCGUGCUCCAGGUGUUGGAGAGCUGUAUAGUAACAGGUGAUGUGAAAGGGCACAUUAAAUUCUACGAUGGGGAGCUAAUGCUGCUCAGCCUCUACAGCCACAGCAAAGUGGGUCCCAUUCGGUCCCUCUCCUUCUCCACAACCCUUCGUGAUCCUCCUGAUGCCUUCCCAGCCAGAAGCUGGCCCUUCCUCACCAGGAACUUUAUCCUUUCAACCUCUGAUGCAACUGUGUUCCAUGUUGCAACAGACAGCGCAAACUUUGAAAAAGUCCUGGAAGAGGCGAAGAAAGCUGUGAGUGCCAUCGCCUGUCACCCGCAGCAGACACUGGUGGCCGUGGGGAGUCCCUGUGGGCUGCUGAAGCUGUGGGACUACCAGCACACCGAGUACCUGGCUAGCAGGAUAUUCCCCGAGGCUGGCAUCCAGUGCUUAGCCUAUGACCCUGAAGGUUAUUUUCUGGCCGCUGGUUUUACUGAUGGAAGCGUUCACAUCCUCGAUGCGAUUUCCCUUCAGUCCAGCUGCAAGGAACUCCGGUUCUCGCGGGGUCCUGUGACUCACAUCAGCUUCUCUCACAAUUCCGAGUACCUCGCGACCGCUGAUGAGAAAUACUCAGUGAUCGUUUACAAGAAAGUCCUGCAAAACGGGCGCAGAUGCUGGGAACACCUGGCAGGGCUGGACUCCCACUACAAACCCAUCCGGAGCAUCCUCUUUGGAGUCCAGUCAGGCAGCAACGAGCCCAGGCUCCUGAGCCUCGGGGAGGACCGGCAGCUGGUUGAAUAUGACCUGAGCAGCAGCAUCAAGGACCACCUGGUGGUCACACACAGGGACCGGGUGGAGCAGAGUGCGGUGCCCUUGUGCUUGGCCUGGUACCCACAGCUCAGCACCGAGUCCUUUAUCCUCACUGCCAACAACUGCUACAAAAUGAAGCUCCUCAACACGACAACCAAAAUGUGCAGAAAGACCCUUCUGGGACCAACCUAUGGCUCCCCAUUGGAGAAGAUACAAAUCCUCCCAGCAACAAGCACUGCGGACCCCAAGCAGUACUACCUGGUGUACAUUACAAAGGACAAGGUAUGGAGCCCCACCUGCCCCAGCUGUACAAGAGCCACCAUUUGCAGAGCUGGUAGUCCUUCAGGAAUUUCACUCGAGGUGGGCUUGCAGAUUUUGCCUGUUGAUGGCAACCCCCACAAGUCCUCAGCCUUCAUUUGCCACCCAGAUGGUGCCUCUGACCUUGCCAGCUCCUAUGACGGGCGUUACAUCUUUACAGCGGGGGGGAGAGACUGCACUGUUAUGAAAUGGAAGGUCAACCUAAGUGCCUUGGAUGCUGCUGCUUUCCUGGGUGGGGAGGACAUGAUCCCAUUCUACAACCUCCUGGAUGGUGGCAGAGAAGGCGAAUUCUUCAGGGAACUGGAAGACUAUUUUUACUAUGCACAGAUAUGCAGCCAAGGUACGAAUACACUGGAGAACAGACAGGUGUCAAUGCACAUUCCCUUGGAGGAAAUUCCUUCUGUAAUGAGAGCAAUAGGAUUUUAUCCAUCAGAGGAAGAGAUUGAAGAAAUGAUAAAUGAGGUAAAAUUCAGCAAGUACAUGGAUGGUGGAGAACAAGUGACAGAAAUCAAUUUGGAGGAUUUUAUCAAACUUUAUAUAAAUCAUCGACCUGCGCUUGGCUUGUCGAUGAAAAGCCUACAACGAGCGUUUCAGGUUCUUGGUUAUGAUAACGAGAAGGGAGACAAAGUUAUUGACAGAGGAGACUUACUGUCUCUGCUUCAGUGCAGAGGAGAGCAGAUGACCGAGGAUGAGCUGGCCCAGUGUCUGACCACCCUGCUGGGCAGGCGACCUGGGAGACGAGGAUCUGAACCAGACAUCUACGAUCCCUCAGGUGCAGCAGCUUUGAUUGAAGAAGAAAUUCCAGAAGAAAUCACAGCAGAGAUAUUUGCUGCUGACAUUCUUGGCUUACCUAUUGCUGCACAAGAAAAAAAGAACGGAAGGAAAGAGGCGAACCUCUGAUCUACAAAGACUCGGAAUCACAGCUGCCACAAGGUUUUCUGUUCGUUCCUUCUUUCCAGACUCCUCUCCUCAAAUAUCUGCAAAAUUUGUGUUUUAUGUUUAUUAGAAAGUAAAGGUCACAUAGUUGCAUUUCAGUCAAACUCUAGAAUAAACCCCCAGUUUAGCACACGCCACAAACCUGUAAUUUCCCACCUAUGUAGGGAAACACUGGGGUGGCUGUAGAAUGAAGCAGGUGGCCACCCCAGCCUUGGCUGGAGCCUUCCUAGAAUUUAUUUCAGGUGGGUUUAUGCCAGAUGCAGUCUAUUUUCAUUAUGUUAAGACAGUAUUCAUUUGUGAAACCUGACAGCAGAAGAGCGAUGUAAAAGUACUGUAUUGAUUAAAUACAUUGAUAAAUGCUUGGAUGGGUUAGAAUGGAUCUGUAAUUAUAAAUCCAACAGACCCCGGUAAAGAAAGGAACGCUGUGAUGUACAUUAAAAUCAGGUUUCCCUUUUGGCCUUUAAAACUGACUUUUUCUUUCUGAAAGUAGUAAUUCCAAUUAGUAGUGUAAUACCAAUGGGACGGCAUCGCACUGUGUGUAUAAACAGCAUAAUGAGGCUGAUACAAGUUGCUGUAGAAAGAUCAGUGAAGUGCUGUUGAACACGGCUUCCUUCUUUACAUCAUCCUCGGCAUCAAUUUGAAUAAUAAUGUAGGCCCUUAAGAAGCGUUCCUUUCAGAGGCAAUGUUUUUUAAACAGAGAUCGCUGUUGUGUACUGAGAACAUCUGUGAUUGUACAAUUAGCAAGAGCAGCAAGGUGUGCACUAGGGGGAAGUUAAUGAGGGAGUCCAGCAGUAACAGGACCAGAGAACGCAGGUCUGUGACAAACGUCCUGCAGAGCAUCACCUCACAUGUAACUCUGCCCCUUUACCCUUUAUGUUCAUGUACUUCCAUGGAUCUGUGUUGGAGCUGAUCCUCCACUGCUUAAAACCAGUAUAAUUCCACAAAAAUCAUUGGAAUUAUUUAAGGCAGCUGAGAAACGUUAUAACCACUGGGGGGAAAAAAAUCAAAAUGUGCUUCUUACAGGUUAUGUUAUUAUUAUGAUUUAUUUAUCCCAUUUAAGGAGGGAUAUUUUGCUAACAGAGCGCAUCGCCCAUCCCUGCACUCGGGGUCUGCCACAGCAACUGGCACAAGGGCGGGAUGUGUGUCUGUCACACACAGAGCCCCGGGGCUGCCCUGCACAAAAAUAGGUAUUAUUUCUAUGUAAAGUGCUUUGAGCUUUCUAAAAGCCCCUCCAGUUCUGCUUUGCAAUAAAAUUUAGUUUUGCCCAA